AUGGUUGGAAGACCUUUUAAGGGUGAAGGAGAAAAGAGAGCUAAAUGCACAGAAGAAGAAGGGAAAGAAGAGGAAAGAGUUGAUUGGUCAAAUCUCGAUAUGAAUAUACUGCAACUCAUUGCCGAUCAACUCACCGUCGACAUUGCUGAUUAUAUUCAUUUUCAUGGCGUCUGCAAGACAUGGCACGCUGUCAACCACCAUGGUCGCACGCAUCCUCCUCAACUCCCAUGGUUGCUCAUGAGAUGUGACUACGAUAUCAAUCGUCUCAUCUUCUACUCCUUCUCAGAUGAAAGAUUUCACUCAAUUCGACCUCCAACAAAUGAUGAACACAUCGUUGGCUCAUGUGAUGGAUGGCUGGUCCUUGAUCAUAAAACUUCUCGAUUCCUCUCUCUCCUAAAUCCUCUCACAGGUGCUCGUAUCCAUCUCCCGGCGCUCCCGAGUUAUUUAAUAAACAUUGAAGAUUAUUACCCAUCCAUAUUGAAGAUUGCAAUAUCUUCAAACCCAUCAAUGUAUGAUCAUGAUUGCAUCAUCGUCAUUAUCUCCACCUUGAAUGAUGCGCUCUUCUCUAUCCGUUUAUGGGAGGAUGAUUUAUGGGCUUUGUUGGAUGAUAGGAGCAAGUAUCAUGAUGUCACUUACUUCAAAGGAAACUUAUAUGCUGUAGACGAAAUUGCACAGGUGUUCAUCUUCAAUUCAUUCUUUGAGAAAGUGGCUAUCGUCGGUCCUCAAUGGUAA